AUGGCCGACGACGCUGAAUCCACGCCUGCACCAGACAAUGUCGUCGAUCCAUCCAUCGAUGACAGCGAGGAGGCAGAGUCUAAGGAGAUCAUGCUUAUGAAACAACGGGUAGAAGAAAUGGAGAGAGAGGCCAUGAAAUUGCGCGAGUUGCAGGCCGCUGCUGAGAGCGCGGACGGGAGUUCCGGACGGGAAGGAAGUGCUGGCGCCCCCAUGGAAGGGGACGACGACAAGGCUCAGGCCGAUAGUCGCAGUAUAUAUGUCGGAAAUGUCGACUAUGCAGCCACGCCGGAAGACAUCCAGGCCCACUUUCAAGCAGCUGGUACUAUCAAUCGGGUGACUAUCCUCUGUGAUAAGUUCACCGGCCAUCCAAAAGGGUAUGCGUACGUUGAGUUCGCUGAGCCCGAACAUGUUGAUGCUGCACUCGCGCUCGAUAACUCCCUCUUCCAUGGACGGUUAAUCAAGGGUUCAACAGGGGGCGAGGACGGGGAGGUUAUCGCGGUGGGCAGAGAGGUGGCUACCGAGGAUACAGCCCGUACAGAGGCUCUCGGGGUCGGGGACGAGGACGUGGUUUUUAGUGGUAAAAAUACGGACUGUGGCCUCUAUGUAUUCUUCGCGUUCCUUGCCAGACAAACUUCGCACCGCGUAUCUUGUUACCUCGCUCCUAUCCUGAAGAGCCGACCGUAUAAUCAACGAGACCGUGUUCGCGGUGCAGAAUUGGGUUCAAAUUAUUGGCAAACUUACUCCGGCUGGUGCCGCGUCGAAGUCGCGAAGUCGACUUUGACGAGACGCGUCGAGCACUUGUACUUGGCCACCACCACUACCACCAUGUUCAAGUUUUCUUCCUUGCCUCGUCAACUACAGCGGACAUGUCGCUCAUUAUCCACCGCCGUAUCCUACCCAUAUUCUUCGUCUGCUAUCAUCCCACCACCGCCCACCAUGGCGCCCACUGAAGGCCUCCGGAAGGGCAAGGGCCUUAUGGCUUACUUGCAAAAAACACUCCCAACAGCAGAGAAACAAACGCUCAUCUCUACCUACUUCUCCAAGACGCAUCCAAACCGACUACGGCCAGGGAUGAUCCUCACCGUCACGCUCGCGCACGCCCCGACGACGUUCUCCGGCGUCCUCAUCUCCAUGCGCCGACGUGGACCGGAUACGUCUUUCGUUUUGCGGAACGUGGUGCAGAGGACGGGAGUGGAGAUGCAGUUCUUUGUGAACUCGCCACAUUUGAAGGAUAUCAAGGUGUUGAGGGCGAAUGAGAAGAAGGCGGCAGCAGAGGGACAGAAGAAGGUGAAGGGACCGCGGUUGAACAAGUUGUUCUACUUGAGGGACUCGCCAGACAAGAUGUCGGCGCUGUCGGCGGGGGUCAAGGUAUAG